UGUUGGGCAGUGUAUAUUGUCUCAAAAUGUUGCAGGACAGCGCGCCUCCAGCACCAUUGUUUAUUAUCAAAAAGUGAUAAAUCAAAUGACUUUGCAAUAUCGCUCUUCUAAAACUUUGUCGAUCAAAAUUGUGCAAUGAACUGACUUGUUUGUGUAAGUGUUUUUUAGUGGACAAUCGCUGUAGAUAGUGAAAAUAUCAGUGUUAAUAAAUGUGAUGACCAUAACAACUGAAGAUUAGAAAACUGACGUUGAGUUUAAGGUUUGUGGACUUCAUAACAAUUUGAAAGAAUAUUGAACGUUAAUUCUAAAUGAUUAAAGUGAAUAAAAUUGUAAUCAAGACUGUGACGAAACAUUUUAUAAGUGUUUGUUAAAAUAAAUAACAUUAUAUUCUAUAAUACCCUGUUAGUUGUUCUCUAAUGAAGAGGUUUUACACUUUUUGUGAUGAUAAAAGGAAGGAAAGGAUGGCCAAUUUAUGUUGAAAAUACUUCCAAGUUAUGCAAGCAUUGAAGGAUUUAUCUUAAUUCCUGAGUUCAUGGCUAUAUAAAGCUAUUUAUAUAAAUUUUACAAACAGAAUAAUCUAACCUUUAUGUCUUUCAUGUUAUCAUUGACUGCUUGAAACAGAACAAGGGAGAUUAAUUGAAAGAAUGUCGUUAAAUUGAAUGGAAGCCAUAUUAACAGGCGUUUUGUGUGCGAGGUGAUGCGCGGAGAGGACCACGCCCACCAUGAGCUCAUUUCUCACCAACGGUGGGUACCAACCUCAACCGGAUCCCAAGUUCCCGCCUUCCGAGGAGUACAGCCAAGCAGACUACAUACCACCAGGAGAGUAUUACCAACAUCAACAUUUGCAAUACGGAUACCAGCACCAAUAUGCCCCAGUUCAAAUUGGGACAGGUUAUGGAUACGGAGGGUAUUAUCAUCCAUUACCACAGCACCCACCUGUCGCCCCACCUCCAAGGCCUCCGGAACCGUCGCAUCCAUCCGACGCCGACCACGGCUACCCAGCCCAUAACCCUGACACUGCUCCAGGUUUAGCAGAACUUGGUUUAAGGCUAGAGAGACAUAUUGAAGAGGCUGCACCUGCAGGAAGGAAACUGCAUGCCUUGGGACGGGAAGGCUCCCCUGGGUCAGAGCUCGAUGAUGAAAGACUUCUUCUAGAUUCUCCACCUGUAGAAGAUGAUGAUUCCUCUAUAUGUUCAGAUAAUACAGACAGGGUAAUUUAUCCAUGGAUGAAGAAGAUUCAUGUUGCUGGUGCCUCUAAUGGCCAGUUUCAACCUGGAAUGGAACCGAAGCGCCAACGCACAGCCUACACAAGACACCAAAUACUAGAACUCGAAAAAGAAUUCCACUACAAUCGAUACCUUACGCGAAGAAGAAGAAUAGAGAUAGCUCACACUCUAGUCUUAUCGGAGAGACAAAUCAAAAUCUGGUUCCAAAACAGAAGGAUGAAGUGGAAGAAAGACAAUAAAUUGCCCAACACCAAAAAUGUGAGGAGAAAAACCAAUCCAGCAGGCGUCACUACAACCACAACUAAGGGCACACCAAAGAGUAGAUCAAAUAAGAAUACAAAUAACAAUGAUAAGAAAAAAUCAAACAAUAAUGGCCGACCGGACAGUAUAGAAAAUGUUACAGAUAACAUAAUGAAUGAUUUACAUUGUGUUGGAGCUCAACAAAAUUUGUCGCACGAUCCAGCGAUCAGUCCAAUGUCUCAUCCAGGGAGCCAGAUGAAUCCAGGGCACCCCAUGACACCGCAUCACCUUCACAUGAUGAGCAUGCACGGAGGCAUGGAUCCGGCUCUGCUUGCUAACCUCGCAGCCCACGGGUCACCCGUUGGCACGGCAGGCUGCGGCACUGGCAUCCCAUCCAAUCAACCAGUCAUCAAAUCAGACUACGGUCUAACCGCCUUAUAAUCUUUAGAUGUGUAAAGAAAAAACUCUAUUUUUCAUUAUCGAACUGUAAUUCUUACCAUUCCUUUGUGUCUAAGGUGUAAUAAAGUGAUUAAUUUAAUUUAAGAUUUGUUUAAGUUGUGUAAGUAUGUUAGAGUAAUCAGUCAUAAUCGGAUGUUUGGAUAGUUAGGUGGAAAACUUUACAAUGUCAAAAGUGUGAUUAUUAUUAUUUUAGGGUAGGUAAACAUCUUCUGAGUGUUGAAUUUGUACAUUUUAUUUUAAGUCAUUGUCAGUAGUAACAAUUGUAUUUAUUAAAUUAAUAACUAACUUUUUAUACGUUGCAUGGAUAUAUAAAUAUUAGUCAUCGAUGUUCGCUAAACUAUCUACUUACUCUUUAGUUACCAUUCUACUAUAUUUUCUUAUUUUGGUGACAUCUACCAAUCUGUCUUAAGCACUCUAUUUGAUUUACAUUUUUAUAAAAUGUAGCUUUUGUACCCCUAUUUAUUAAGAAUUAUUUUAUGUAAUUUCUAAAUAUUUUGGAGAUUAGUUGAAUUCUUUAAUGUAAAAUAAAUCAUUAUUUCACAUUACUAUGCUGUUCCUAAUUAAAGCUACAGAUGGGUAGAUGUGCUAUGUAUUGUAUAAAAUAAUCCUAAUGAUAAAGACGUCGUUUAUAACGUUCACGACUUUGUGAUGUAGACAAUGACUUAGGCUUAGGUACAAAAUGUGGAUUUAAUUUUUAACGAGAAAUUGUUUUGUAACUGAAAUAGAAAAAUGUGAAUACAA